AUGCCUGGCCUACCUUUACCUGCCCGGGACGCAGCGGACGCUGGGUGUGAAUUCAGUUACCCUCAGUCUGCAGACCAGAUGCGCCAGGAACAGCUGAGAGCUCGAUUAUCUCCAGAUGAGCAGCUUGCUGCUGAAGAAAGUUUUGCGUUGUACUGCAAGCCAGUUGAGCUAUACAAUAUUAUUCAGCGGCGAGCCAUUAGAAAUCCCGCUUUUCUGCAAAGAUGCCUUCAUUACAAGAUACAUGCAAGCCGAAAAAAGAGAGACUUCACUAUUAUGUACUUUGCUGAUUCCUUUAGCUCUCUUGGAACCGCGUACAUAAGGAUUCAGAUAACGGUAUCACUAUCUCGAAGUACAAAUACUGAGUUGCCAGAACAGAAUAUCUUUCCUCUUUAUGUUCUGUUGGCUACACCUACCAGUAAUAUUUCGCUUGAAGGGCAUUCUCCGAUAUAUCGAUUCAGUCGGGCUUGUUUGCUUACAGCUUUUAGUGAAUUUGGUAAUAAAGGUCGCACCAAAGCUACAUUUAUAAUUCCAGACAUCAAGAAUUUAUCAACCUCCCGAGCUUGCAACCUUAACAUUAUCCUUAUCAGCUGUGUUUCGGAAGGGCAAGUUGGGGAAAAUCUUGGUGAAAGUAACUUCUCUGUGGACCAUGUUGAAGGCUCUGCUCUCCAAAAGCUUGAAGGGAAAUGUUUCUGGGGUAAAAUACCAAUUGAUCUACUUGGUUCGUCUUUGGAGAACUGUGUAACUUUAAAUUUGGGACAUACAGUGGAGUUGGCUUCUGCAGUUAGUAUGAGCCCAAGUUUCUUAGAGCCGAAAUUUAUGGAGCAGGACAGUUGCUUGACAUUUUGCUCUCAUAAGGUUGAUGCUACGGGUUCAUAUCAACUCCAAGUAGGCAUAUCUGCUCAAGAAGCUGGUGCAAAAGACAUGUCUGAAUCUCCAUAUAGUAGUUACUCAUACAGUGGUGUCCCACCUUCAUCAUUACCACAUAUCAUAAGGUUGAGAGCUGGUAAUGUGCUUUUCAACUUCAAGUACUACAACAAUACUAUGCAAAAGACUGAAGUCACUGAAGAUUUUGCUUGCCCCUUCUGCUUGGUAAAAUGUGGAAGCUACAAGGGUUUGGGGUGUCACUUGAACUCAUCACAUGACCUAUUCCACUUUGAGUUUUGGAUAUCUGAAGAAUGCCAGGCUGUUAAUGUUAGUCUGAAGACUGAUGUCUGGAGAACUGAGCUUGUGGCUGAGGGAGUUGAUCCAAGACAUCAAACAUUUUCCUACUCCUCAAGGUUUAAGAAGCGUAGAAGGUUGGGAAUGUUGGGAACCACAGCUGAGAAAAUAAGCCAUGUACAUCCACAUAUCAUGGAUUCAGAUUCACCUGAAGACGCCCAGGCAGUGUCUGAAGAUGACUUUGUGCAGAGGGAGGAAGAUGAUAUUUCUGCACCACGUGCUUCUGUUGAUCCUGCUCAAUUAUUACAUGGUAGCAAUCUUUCACCACCCACAGUACUACAGUUUGGGAAGACAAGGAAACUAUCUGCGGAGCGAGCUGAUCCCAGAAACCGGCAACUCCUGCAGAAACGUCAGUUUUUCCAUUCUCACAGGGCACAGCCAAUGGCACUGGAACAAGUUUUCUCGGACCGUGAUAGUGAAGAUGAAGUUGAUGAUGACAUCGCCGAUUUUGAAGAUAAACGGAUGCUUGAGGAUUUUGUUGACGUUACAGAUGAUGAGAAACUUAUUAUGCAUAUGUGGAAUUCAUUUGUUCGGAAACAAAGGGUGCUAGCUGAUGGUCAUAUUCCUUGGGCCUGUGAGGCAUUCUCCCGGCUUCAUGGAAAACAUCUUGUACAGAAUCCUCCUCUACUAUGGAGCUGGCGUUUCCUUAUGAUUAAACUCUGGAACCACAGUCUAUUAGAUGCCCGCGCCAUGAAUGUCUGCGGCACAAUUCUUCAAGGCUACCAAAAUGAAAGCUCGGACUCCAAGAAAAUGUGA